CUGUGUGCGUGAGUCUUGUCAUUGCCAGAUUGCACGUGUUACCUGUUUUGUACUUUUUUUGUACCUUACUUAGUUUUUUUGCUGUGAGAUUUGUAAUUUGUUAAUUAAAUUAUAAAUAAUUAAAUAUGUCGGGGUAUAGAAGAGCAUAUACCAUUAAUGAGGAUAACUUAAUCCUCACUUGGAUAGUGAGGUCAAAAGCAUAUUACCAUCUGCGAGGCACCAUCCUGUGGAGGGACCUGGAGCAUGCAGAGAUAUUCUCCGAAGACAGGUCCUGGGAGAGCCUUAAGAAUAGGUUCAUCAGAAAAAUUCUGCCGGACCUAUCAAAUCCUAGUUACACUUUAUCACAAACAGAAAAAGAGAAAAUAAUGUUGGCGUGGAGCCAGACUGCUCAAGGCUUUGUGGCAAGUUCAGAUAGUGAAUGGUCUCUCACGAUCGCGCCGUCCACGUGUGCAAUGUGUGCGCCGCACACAGGCGCCAGCAAUUAAGGGGCGCCACUAGAGUUUUCACAAAAAUUUUAGGUGGGUCAAAAUAACACUUACCCAUUUUUUUCCGCUUCUACCAAACGGGAUAUUAUAAAACAACACU